AUGAAUUCUUCGCCGAAAUAUAUUUCAGAUGAAAUUUUCGAGUUCAAAAAACAGGAAAAUCCUCGCUACCACAACGAUGUCAACACCAACAGCAACCUGAAGCAAAGUUUAACCGUCGGUACCUCUCCAUACCGUACACCCUUUUUUUCGCAAAGUCGUGAUUCUCUCGAAUCGAACGGAAGUGUUUACGAAGCUGUGUCGAUCGGAGAGACCAGUUUUGGCGGGAGUUUCGGUCACGAUGAAACGGAUGGCAGUAUUUUUGGCGGGAAGUCUCAUUCCUUUGCGGCUGACGAUGCCCAGGUGGUUCCUAAUUUCAAUGACAUUUUAGAAACAAUUCAUGUUGACUUGGAUGAAAGUAAUACUCGAUCCCACGUACAGUUUAUCACCGAAUUCGAAUCUCCCACUGAUACUUGUGGUCUUCAACGUAGAAACUUUGACAGAUCGCUUCUGAAAAGGAGGAACUCUGAGCGUGACGAAUUGGAGAUUUAUUUUCCCUGUGUUCUAACACCGAUCCCCGUUGAUCGUCUGUAUAGCACUCUUGUUGACGAUUCGACGGUAUUCAAGUUUCCAACAAGUUCGGAUGAAUUCUUACCCGAGCAUAGAGACAGUGGUGGCUUGGUAACUCAAGCACAAAGUUUCAGUCAUUCUGUUCCCAUGUCAGAAAGCAAGAAUACUUUAGAAUCGUUUGGGAAUUUUAACGUGUUCUUAAAACCAAACGGUAGUCAUGAACAGUUUGACCCAUCUGCUAAUAUGUUUGAGCUACCUACGGCGACUUUCAGGAUGAAAAAUCUUCCUGAUUCGUGUAAUUUGAUCCAGGAGAAAGAUUACUAUUUGGGAGAGGAGAUUUCUGUCACGAAGGUAAUGGAUCACCACAUGUGGUUGAUAAGAAUACGCCGGUAUCACUGUCCGUCACUGGUGCAGAAAAUAACCACAAUCUUCAGAAGUCCCUAAAAAACACUUUUUUCUUGGAGGCGGUGAAUACAGUAGAUCGAAAUUACAUUUCGAAGGCUUCGAUGUCUCUUUCAGGGUGUCCAACCUUUUGUGAAACCUUACCAUUUCAGUUAAACUCUUCCAAGCUCAUCGAAAGCGUCACCAAAUUCCCGCCGACCUUGGGAGAGAAUACAGAUCAUUCUCUUAGUCGCAUUUUGCCAGAAGAAUGCUUUACAAACAGUUUUUUUGAUCACAACCCUGCAAAAGAACUUCCCUCGAAGAAGCAGUUACAAGUUAAAGGCAGCGACGAAGCUCUUCAACUUGCUCGUGCAGAGACUUUGAUUGUUAGCGAUGGAGUAUUUUCCAAACUGGACUCAAGUCUAUGCAGCGUGCAGGAUGACUUAUGGAAAAGCACGCAGAGACGAGAACGGGAACUGCAGCGUAAUCCAAAGAAAACUAACAUUGAAAUAAAGACAACUGCCUCUCCGAAUGCUAACCGUUCGGCGUUUUUUAUGGGAAAUAGUGAAAGACCGAAGGAUAGCCACAAAUCGAAGCGUUUAAAAAAGAAAGGUAACCUUGAGGGAGAAACACGGGACCUUCACAACGAUAUGGAAAAACAGCGAAGAACUAAUAUGAAAACACGCUUUCAAAAUCUUCGCCUGACCUUGCCUGAAUUGAAAGACAAAGAGAAAGCUUCGAAAAUUGUCAUAUUGCAGAAGGCAUUCCAGUACAUUGUCCUGUUAGAACAGGAAUCGAUAGAGCUAGAAAACAGAAAAAGAGCCGAAAGGCAAAGAAAUAUAGAUCUUUUGGAAAAACUACAAAAAAUAACUUCAGGAGAUUAG